UUGAAAUAUUGCUUAUUUUUGCAGUCUUGUCCUCACAAAUAUUUUAUAGUUAUUUAGACUUGCUGUUGUAGUUGAUCACAUUCGAAUAAUGGCGAAAGGCACUGAUUUAACUUUUCCAUAUCACAUCGUUGAUCACGUGGUCAAAACGGCCAAGCGUGGUGACGUGAGCAGUGUCAUUGACGUCAUAGACCAGUAUUGUUACAGCGUAGAAAAGGCAAUGAACGUCGGCGACGUAAAAGGAGCGAUUUUGGAUAAAUGUUUUUUGGAGGCGUCGCCGCAGAAUGUGUUGGAGUUGGGAUGCUAUUGUGGGUAUAGCUCUCUUAGAAUGAGCCGACUGCUAAAGGAAGACGCAAAGAUAUUCACUAUAGAAGCAAAUCCAGAUUACGCCAAGUUUGCCCAACAAAUUAUAACCUUUGCUGGCAUGGAGAAAAGGAUUCAAAUUUUGCAGGGUUUGAGCGACGAAGUUCUACCAACUAUUGCUGAAAAAUGUGGAGUUCAGACUUUUGACUUUGUUUUUAUUGACCACGCUAAAGAGCUUUAUAAGCGGGAUCUUAUCAUGCUGGAGAAUCUUGGGUUAAUAAGACAUGGGACGACUAUCGUGGCUGAUAACGUUAUAUACCCCGGUUGCCCAGAUUACUUGAAAUAUGUGAGAAAUAACCCGAAAUAUAAAAGCGCAAACUAUCUUUCGAAAUUGGAGUAUACGGAUCGCGAGGACGCCAUAGAAAAGUCGAUAUACUUACCAUGAAGAGUCUUAGUUCAAAGCAACGCUUUAUCGCCUCUCCAAGUUUCAAACUGUACUCUUGUGAUGUAUUUUCGUUUAAUGGAAAGGUGAUUUAAAAAAACGUAUAGUAUAUAUAUACAUACACGGUGUCUUAUUAAUCAGUGACUUCAUAAAACUGCUGGAGCAGUGUAGCAAACAUAUUUAUUUAUUUGUUUUAAAGCGCAAAACCCAUACAUGCCCUCUUAUAAAUCGUUAUUUUCUAUAAGAUCAUUGUAGAUUAUUAUGUUAAAGCGUUUUUCUUUCGUAAAUCUGCUUACGGCGCUUGGUAUAUUUAUAUGGCGUACCUGUAUAAACCAAUAAUACAUUA